AUGGCAGAGGUUAUUCAGCCCCGAUCUGCUUCCGUCUCAUCCGACGCCUCGUCCUGGAGCCUCGUUAGCAACACGGCUUCGCACCACGCUCAAUACCACCACUGUCCCUCAUAUGCGCCGUCUACACAGGCGCCGCGCCCUGCUCGUCAAGACAGCCUCAGCUCGAUCCGGAGCAGCAAGGACCUCAACCAGGAGCAGACCCAGGAACUAUGGGAGUGCAUGCUCGAUCUCCAGGAGCUCUAUGCCUGCUACAACUCGACCAGAAUCGACAUGGCGCUGGACGCCCGCGAGAAAGCCCACGAGUUUAUGCCCAACCGCUUCAUCAUUGACACACUCAAUGACUCACUGCACGAUCUGCCCUCUGAAGGCUGGCAGCGCCUCUAUCGCUGUCUUGGUGACGAGACGUCGUCCUCCAAGUCGAAGCUCAAGCUCAAGUUCUGGAAAAAGGACUGA